CUUAAAUUCUCAAUGGUACCAUACAGGGAAACUGGCACAUAUAUUCUAUCAGGUAUAGAAGAAAUUCAGCAACUGUUGGAUGAUCAUAUUGUCAAAGUGCAGACAAUGAAAGGGUCUCCAUUCAUUCAACCAUUCGAGGUUCAAAUAGAGAAAUUUGAACGCCAGCUGGUAUCAUUACAAGAUAUUAUGGACUCGUGGCUAAAAGUACAAGCCACUUGGCUGUAUCUGGAACCUAUAUUCAGCUCACCUGAUAUUAUGAUGCAGAUGCCAGAAGAAGGUCGCAGGUUUAAAAAUGUCGACAAGAUGUGGAGGGAUGUGAUGAACGUUGCUGUUGAGGAUCCUUCUGUUAUGCAGGUUAUUGAGAUUGAAAAUCUGCUCGCCAAAAUGCAAAAGAGCAAUGGGCUUUUAGACUUAAUUUUGAAGGGUCUCAAUGAAUAUUUGGAAAAAAAGAGACUUUACUUUCCACGAUUUUUUUUCUUAUCAAAUGAUGAGCUUCUGGAAAUUCUCUCAGAAACAAAAGAUCCAACUAGAGUACAACCACAUUUGAAAAAAUGCUUUGAGGGCAUAGCAAAGCUGACUUUCACAGAGCCUGACAGGGACAUCACUCACAUAAAGUCCAGUGAAGGUGAAGAAGUCAAACUAAAGGAGAAAAUUUCUACUGCUCGAGCGAAAGGUCAAGUAGAAAAAUGGCUACUGGAGUUGGAAACAGACAUGAUUAUGUCUGUUCGUGCAGUUAUGCUGGAAGCCAUAGAGGCCUACACUAAAGAACAAAGAGUGGACUGGGUACGUGCUUGGCCUGGUCAGGCAGUCUUGGGUGUGGGGCAGAUGUAUUGGACCACGUUUGUCACAGACUCAAUUGUUAGAGGUCCCACAGCGUUGGCACAUUACCUAGAGCUAAACAACAUACAGAUUGAUGAGAUUGUUGGUCUUGUGCGAGGAAAACUGUCCAAACAAAACAGAGUAACACUUCAGGCACUUAUUGUACUAGAUGUACAUGCCCGAGAUGUGCUUGCCCAGAUAGUUGAAGAUGGGGUGCAAAACCCAUUGGAUUUCAAAUGGUUGAGCCAGUUGCGUUAUUACUGGGAGGAUGAUAAUAUGUUAACACGCAUGAUAAACUCUCAGUUGAAAUAUGGAUAUGAGUACCUUGGUAACAGUGGUCGCCUUGUAGUAACACCACUUACUGACAGAUGUUACAGAACAUUAUUCGGGGCUCUCCACUUGCAUCUUGGUGGUGCCCCAGAAGGUCCUGCCGGAACCGGUAAAACAGAAACAACAAAAGAUCUUGCAAAAGCUGUUGCUAAACAGUGCGUUGUAUUUAACUGUUCAGAUGGUCUUGACUAUAUUGCUCUUGGAAAAUUUUUUAAGGGUUUGGCUUCAUGUGGUGCCUGGUCUUGUUUCGAUGAGUUUAACAGAAUUGACUUAGAAGUGUUGUCUGUUGUUGCCCAACAAAUUCUUACUAUACAAAGAGGAAUCAACUCUGGUUCAGAUACACUUCUUUUCGAAGGGACAGAACUGAAACUAGACCCAACUUGCUCUGUCUUUAUUACUAUGAAUCCUGGGUAUGCAGGCCGGUCUGAACUGCCUGAUAAUCUAAAGGCUUUAUUCAGAACAGUGGCUAUGAUGGUGCCAGAUUAUGCACUCAUUUCAGAAAUUUCAUUAUAUUCUUGUGGAUUUGUGAUUGCACGACCAUUGUCUGUGAAAAUAGUUGCAACAUAUCGAUUGUGUUCUGAACAACUGUCAUCACAAAGCCACUAUGACUAUGGAAUGAGAGCAGUAAAGUCUGUGCUUACUGCUGCUGGAAAUUUAAAGCUGAGGUAUCCAGAAGAGGAUGAAAAUAUAUUGAUGCUGAGAUCAAUCAUUGAUGUCAAUUUGCCAAAAUUUCUUAGCCAAGAUCUGCCUUUAUUUGCUGGUAUAACAUCUGAUCUGUUUCCGGGAGUGAAACUGCCUGAACCAGAUUAUAUUGUUCUCAAUGAAAAUGUAAAAGCUGCCUGCUCAGAAUUCAAUUACCAGUGUACGCCAUUUUUCCUAACCAAAAUUCAAGAGAUCUAUGAAAUGAUGAUUGUUCGUCAUGGAUUUAUGAUUGUGGGUGAUCCUAUUGGUGGAAAAACGUCAGCAUACAGAUCUUUAGCAAAUGCCCUUGGAAGAAUUAAAGAACAGGAUCUGAUGGAAGAAAAUCGAGUAGAAAUUGUUAUAAUUAAUCCCAAAGCUAUAACAAUGGGCCAGCUAUAUGGACGAUUUGACCCUGUGUCUCAUGAAUGGUCAGAUGGUGUUUUAGCAGUAUACUACAGAAAUUUCGCUGUUUCUAAUACUCCAGAUCGCAAGUGGCUAAUAUUUGAUGGCCCUGUUGAUGCAGUCUGGAUUGAAAAUAUGAAUACCGUGCUUGAUGACAAUAAAAAGCUCUGCUUGAUGAGUGGAGAAAUCAUUCAACUACUACCCACUACAAAUCUCAUCUUUGAAGCAAUGGAUCUUGAAGCUGCCUCGCCUGCAACAGUAUCCAGAUGUGGAAUGAUUUAUAUGGAACCAUCUACACUAGGCUGGAGACCAUUGGUCAAGUCAUGGCUUCAUUCAAAGCCACCAUUCUUUCUUGAGAGCAUGAGGACUAUAGUCAACAAUUUGUUUGAACGUUUUGUCGAUGCAGGCCUGUGUUUACUACACAAAGCUGGAGUCAAAUGCAUUUUCUUUUUCUCAUUUACGUGGUCAAUUGGUGGCACGUGUGAUGAAGCAGGUAGACUGCGCUUUGACAAAUUAGUCAGAGAGCUCAUAGAAGGUCCAAUGACAGCAUCUACAAGAGGAGCUCUUGCUUUUGUGACAUCAGUUCAUGCACCAGAUCCUCCUUACAGUUUGCCAUAUCCAAUAGAAGGCACAAUCUAUGAUUACCAGUUUGUAAAAGAGAUUUGUGGUAGGUGGGCACCCUGGUCUGAUGAGCUAGCAGCAGCGCCACCAAUUCCAGAUGAUGCAGCAUUUAAUACAAUCAUCGUGCCAACAAUUGACACAGUGCGUUACCUUGCCCUCAUGGAAAUGCUGACUGUGCAUGACACUCAUUAUUUGUUUGUGGGACCAACUGGCACUGGCAAAAGUGUUUAUUUAACUGAUUUUUUGCUGAACAAACUGGAUAAAAAUAUCUACAAACAAAACAUCUUGAAUUUUUCUGCACAAACUAGUUCUACUCAGACUCAAAAUAUGAUCAUGUCAAAGCUGGAUAAACGACGUAAAGGAGUGUAUGGUCCACCUCCUGGGAAGAAAGCU